AUGGCGGCGUCGCUGCUACGCCGGGAUAAGAAAUCUACAGCUGCUCAUUUAAAGGCAGACAUAAAUCGGACUGACAACAGUUCUGGGGUCCGUCAGCUCCAAGAGCUACUGGACAGUGUUCUUAAUCCAGAAAAACCAGCUGCAGACACUGAGGCCCUGGACUGGUGUAAAUAUCUUCUGGCAGGAGGUGAAGGGUUCGAGGAGUUCUGCAAGACCGUCAGGUCCUAUGACAACGCUACCCUGUGUGGAUUAGUCUGGACAGCUAAUUUUGUAGCCUAUCGAUGUCGGACCUGUGGCAUUUCCCCAUGCAUGUCACUUUGUGCAGAGUGUUUCAACAACGGCGAUCACACAGGCCAUGACUUUAAUAUGUUCAGGAGCCAGGCUGGCGGGGCCUGCGACUGUGGAGACAGUAAUGUCAUGCGAGAAAGUGGGUUUUGCUGCCGGCAUAGAUUGAAAACUGGGGAGCACGUGCCGUCUGUACCCCGAGACCUCUUGCUCAUGUCAGAGAUGGUCCUUCCUCGUCUCAUCAUUUGCAUUAUCCAGUACUUAAGAGACGGAUACACAGAUCCAGAGACGUCGACAGACAGAGAUCUCCAGAAGGUUCUGCAGCAGCUGGAACCCCAUAUCUCAUUCUUGGAAGAUCUGACGAAGAUGGGUGGGGCAAUGCGCACUGUCCUCACAAAGAUCUUAACCAAUCAGCAAACUUUCAAAGAACUGAGCAUGGGCCAAGAGGAGAAUUUGUAUGCGAAGAAGAACUAUGAGAAGUACCUGUGUGCCCUGAAGAGUUCUGGUCUGGUGUCUCUGGAGGACAAAGUGACAGCGGGUGCAGGGGUGCCUGAUAACCCGACAGGGGCGAGUGCAGGGGCAGGGGCAGGGGCCUUGGGUCUACUGGGAGCCACUGCGGCAGCUAGUCCAGAGGAAUCCACGAAAGAGGAGGAUCAGGAUGGAAGCCAGGGUGUGGGACAGAGGAAACGGGUUAAGCUGAGUAGCAGUACCAAAGAUCCAUCUAUCAUGGACACACUGAAACAUAAAUGUUUUUUAGAAGAGUUGCUGUUUUGGACAAUAAAGUAUGAGUUCCCACAGAAGAUGGUCACGUUCUUAUUGAACAUGUUACCGGAUCAAGACUAUAAGAUCACCUUCACCAAGACGUUUGUUCAGCACUAUGCGUUCAUCAUGAAGACGCUGAUGAAAAGCCAUGAGUCAGACACCAUGUCCAACCGUAUUGUCCAUAUCAGCGUUCAGCUGUUCAGUAACGAGGAGCUGGCGCGUCACAUGACCGAGGAGUGUCAGUUAUUGGACAUUAUGGUCACAGUUCUGCUCUAUAUGAUGGAGAGCUGCCUUAUCAAGAGUGAACUCCAGGAUGAGGAGAAUAAUCGACACGUGGUGGUAAACUGUGGGGAGGCUCUUUUAAAGAACAACACAUACUGGCCUUUAGUUAGUGACUUUAUCAAUAUUCUCUCACACCAAAGUGUAGCCAAGAGGUUUCUGGAAGACCACUCCCUACUCAUGCUGUGGAUGAGCUUUGUCUCCUUCUUCCAAGGUAUGAACCUUAAUAAGCGGGAGUUGAAUGAGCAUGUGGAGUUUGAGUCCCAGACGUACUAUGCAGCAUUUGCGGCUGAGCUGGAGGCCUGUGCCCAGCCUAUGUGGGGGCUUCUGACUCACUGCAAAGUCAAGGAAACCCAGGAGUACACUAAGACUGUGGUGCGCUAUUGCCUGGAGACACUGCAGAUUUGGUUUGAUUCCAUCGGGUUUGUGGACGAGCCGGCUCCCAAUCAGGUUACAUUUCACCUCCCUCUGCAUCGCUACUAUGCCAUGUUUCUCAGCAAGGCUGUGAAAUGUCAGGGGCUGGACCUGGACAGUCUCCUCCCUGAUCAGGAGAUGCUGAUGAAGAUUAUGGUUCAUCCUCUUCAAAUACAGGCCAGCUUGUCAGAGAUUCACAGUAAUAUGUGGGUCAGAAACGGCCUUCAGAUCAAAGGUCAGGCCAUGACCUAUGUGCAGUCUCACUUUUGUAAUUCCAUGAUUGACCCAGACAUCUACUUACUGCAGGUGUGUGCCUCUCGAUUAGAUCCUGAUUACUUCAUCUCAUCAGUGUUUGAAAGAUUUAAAGUCGUAGAUCUGCUGACAAUGGCAUCGCAGCACCAGAAUGCAGUAUUAGACUCUGAACAGGAGAGACCCAUGCUGGAGGGAGCCCUCACAUUCCUGGUCAUAUUAACCAGUCUGCGCAUACACCUGGGCAUGUCUGAUGAGGAAAUUCUCCGAGCGGAGAUGGUGUCUCAGCUGUGUAUGAAUGACCGCACACACAGCUCUCUGCUGGAUCUGAUUCCGGAGAAUCCCAACCCGAAGAGUGGAGCGGUAGCGGGCAGCUGCAGUUUUGAGGAGAUGCUCUCUACAGUGGCCGAUUUUAAAGGUCCUGUGUUUGAACCUGGAGGCUCGAUGCAACAGGGCAUGUACACACCCAAAGCGGACGUCUGGGAGAAGGAAUUUGACCCCAUCAUGGUUAUCCUGCGGACAGUGUACCGCCGGGAUGUCCAGUCAGCCAUGGACAGAUACGCUGCUUUUUUGAAACAGUCUGGCAUUCACACUGGGAACCCUUGGCCUCCGUAUAAGGAGAGAAGUCCCCUCCAUCCCUGUUAUAAAGGCCUGGUCAAACUGCUCCACUGCAAAACCCUGCACAUUGUCAUCUUCACCCUGCUGUACAAGAUCUGGAUGGAUCAUCAGAACAUGUCGGAACAUGUCCUGUGUAUGGUUCUCUACCUGAUUGAGCUGGGGUUGGACAACCAGGUCCAAGAUGAGAAAGAGGAUGAGGAACCCUGCAUUGAGGAGCACUGUCAUGACAGCUGGUUUCCUGGAACUAAUCUGGUUUCCAACCUUCACCAUGUCAUUAACUUUGUGCGGGUUCGAGUGCCGGAGACAGCGCCAGAGGUGAAGAGAGAGAAGGAAAGGGAGAGGGACAGAGAAACUCCGGCCAGCACUAGUGCAGAGUCGUCGUCAUAUGGCCAGAAUCUGCGGGAGGCCCAGGUGUUUAGUCUGGUGGCAGAGCGGCGGAGAAAGUUCCAGGAGAUUAUUAACCGCAGUACCCAUGAAGCCAACCAGGCAGUCCGACCCAAAAGCUCCUCCACGCGCUGGCUCCUGCCUGGCUCUCCCCCACAGCUGGUCACAGAGAUCCUGGAGAUCAGGGAGAGCAUGCUGUCCCUGCUGGUCAAACUGCACCAGAAACUCUCAGCCAAGCAGAACUCGCUCUCUGCAGCUUGGCUGGACGAGCCAGACAUGUCCGUGCGCGCGCACGGCGACGGAAUCACGGCCAUCGAACGUAUCCUCAUCAAGGCCAGCACGCGCAGUCGCCAGUGCAGACGCUGCAUCCAAGAGGUUUGUGGCAGGGUAUGCCCACCUGUGCCCCCCCGCAAAAACAGCCCUGCUGACAAAAAGACCAUGGAUAAGGAGGAGAGGCGGCAGAGGGCCAGGGAGAGACAACAGAAGCUGUUGGCUGAGUUUGCAUCAAGACAGAAGAGCUUUAUGGAGACAGCUAUGGAUGUUGAGUCCCCUGAUGGAGACGCAGCCAUGGACAUGGGAGUGGAAGAGACCCUGGACUCAGAGGUUCUGUAUGACUGUGUGAUCUGUGGUCAGAGUGGACCGUCCACAGAGGACCGGCCCACAGGCCUGGUGGUCCUCCUGCAGGCCUCAUCAGUUCUGGGGCAUCGUUGUCGUGGUGAUGAGCCGAAGCAUCUGCCGACCAGUGAUGAAGAACAUGUCUACCCCGAGGACACGUGUGGAGCGUCACAUGAUGUCAGACUCACGUUAAUGCAACGCUUCUUCAAAGAUAGUUCGUGCCUGCAGUCGGUGUCCAUUGGCUGGGAUGGGGGCGUGUAUGUGCAGACCUGCGGACACACUCUACACAUUGACUGUCAUAAGAGUUACAUGGAAUCACUGAGGAACGACCAGGUUCUCCAGGGUUUCUCUGUGGACAAGGGCGAGUUUACCUGUCCGCUAUGCCGACAGUUUGCCAACAGCGUGCUGCCCUGUCGGCCGGGCAGGGGCGCAGAGACAGGGGCGUGGCACUCCGCCAGUAACAAGAGCAUGGCGGUGCUGGUGAAGGAGGUGGAGGAUCUGCAGGACCAGCUGGGGAUUUUCCCAGUAAGCAUCACUACUGAGUCAAACCUGAGUAAAGAGAUGGAGUCAGUCAUUAAGGACAUUAAAAACACCACCCAGAAAAAAUACAUGGACUACGGCAGGAACCCAGGAUCGCCUGACAACGACUUCCUGUUCAUGUACUCAGUGGCCAGGACAAAUCUGGAGUUGGAGCUGGUGCAUCGUGGUGGGAAUCUCUGUAGUGGAGGAGCCAGUGCUGCAGCAAAGCGCUCAUGCCUCAACCAGCUGUUCCAUGUGUUAGCAAUGCACAUGCGGUUGUACAGCAUAGACUCCGCCUACAAUCCCUGGACCAGACUCACCCAGAUCACCCAAAGCAGAGACCCUGAGUCUGGUGAAGACGAGAGACCAGAGGUGCCUAUGCUGUUCAGAGACGUCCCCUCUCUACUCAUCAUCUUCAUCCUCACCAUGCCCCAGCCGCUACGCAAAGAGCAUUUCAGGUGUGUGGUAAAAGUGUUGUACACACUGCAGUACACUCAGGCCCUGGCUGCCCUGUCAGUCAAGUUCAGUCCUGAGGAGAGGAAGGCCUGGAGCACGACUGGAGCCCUCGUGAAGAAUGCUGGUAACUCUGACAAAUCCUGGGAGUCCCUCCUAAGCCAUGUGAUGGGUGAACUGAGCCAGGCCAAGGGAAUCUAUGACACUAACACAGAGGAGACAGCUAUGUUGUGCUCCAGUGUGUGGUGUCCUCAGUCCAUUGAGUUUCACCUGCAGCAGUUCUGUUUGCCAUUCUUACGGAUCUCCGCCCUGUUACAACACCAUCUCUAUGGCGACAGCCUCUCCGGCUGCCUGGUGGAGGAGGAGUUUUCAGUCUUGGUGAACUGUCUGGGCUUGCUGCCCCUCUCUGUGCAGACCUGUGUUCCUAUGAGUAGUGCCUCCUGUCUGGAGUGGACCGUCGGCUCCUUUGACCUGCUCACACAGUGGUGCUCCGAGGUCACGCGAUUGGCCAACACUCCUGCCCAGCCCUCUGUGACCCUCCUAGUGCAGGACCCCCAGUGGGCGGCCCCCCGCCUCCUCCAGUUACCCGACAACUACAACACCAUUUUCCAGUACUACCACCGCAAAGCCUGCUCAACCUGCAACAAGGUGCCCAAAGACCCCGCCCUCUGCCUGGUCUGCGGGGCCUUUGUUUGCCUGAAAGGCCUGUGCUGUAAACAGCAGGGAGUCUGUGAAUGUGUUCUGCACUCUCAACACUGUGGAGCUGCCACAGGAAUCUUCCUUCUGAUCAAUGCCUCCGUCAUCAUCAUCAUCAGAGGGCAUCGGUUCUGCCUGUGGGGCUCAGUUUAUUUAGACGCUCACGGAGAGGAGGACAGAGACCUCCGUCGGGGUAAGCCGCUGUUUCUGUGUGAGGAGAGGUACCGUGUGCUGGAGCAGCAGUGGGUGUCUCACACCUUUGACCACAUCAACAAACGCUGGGGACCGCAUUACAACGGACUGUGAAGACGCAGCCCAUUGGUCGAGGCCAAGCCCCACCCCCAGGCUGUGCUGUGGAGUCCCUGUAAACCACUUUGGCAAUCCUAUGGUGUAAUGUAACGGAACAUGCAGGCGGCCCCUGCUCCCGCCUCCAUCACGUGUAGUGUCCAAUCAUGCCUAACAAUGACAAACUCUGUGUGCG